AUGAUGCAUGACGCUCAACAACAACAACCACAACAACAACAACAACAACAACAAGAAGAAGAAGAAGAAGAAGAAGAACAGCAAGAAGGGUUCGACGACCACGGCGCCACAGACAGCGACGAACUGCACGAAACCCGCCCCAACCGCUGGCGCGGCCACCCUUCGACAUGGCGAUUGUGGACCGAGGCUGACCGGCAGACGUGGACGUCGCUGGAGAAUGUGAGAAGGGAAGACCUGGCGGUGCAUUUGUACAAUGCCUUUGGGUUGAGGCAGGGGUUUCGGGUGGGGCCUGUUGCGGACGAGGACGGCAACGAGGAGACAGCGUGGGACCCCGGGAGAGCGUGGACGGCGUGGCCCAUGAGGGCAGACGAAGUGCCCGAUGACGGGCUGCUUCCCCGGACUGUGGACGUCAACGAGCCGUUCACCCUACGACGCGAUCAAGGGCAGCCGUUUGCGGGGUGUAAUCUGGAGGAGGAGAUCUCUGCCACCAUCUUGCGGUAUGCAAAGGAGAAGUUUCGGAAGAGGGAUCUACAGCAUAAGACAGGGGAGGUGGUUGUGCCGUCCAUCGAGACGGGAGACGCCGCCACGACGACGGGGGGCGAGACGGACGAGUCCGACACGGCCGGGACUCCUGCCAGGGAUGAUGAGACGGACGAGCCGCGGAAGAUGCCGCCCCGACGCAAGCGGAGAGCUGCGCCGCCUACGUUUACGCCGGUGAUAUCGGCCGACGACAACAGGUCGUAUGCGCUGCUCCGCCCCGUGGCGCGCCGCAUUAUGGCCAGGCUAGACGAUACGUUCAUGAUCCUGCACAACCAGCGCAUGGCCGGCCUCGGCCACAUGUCAGAGUCCUCUGCUAGUGACGAGGAGACGGACAUCGAGGCGGUGUCGGAGAAGCCGUCUCAAGUGCCGUCCCCCGUACCUGCGAAGUCACCUUUUCCACCGAAAUAUCGCGGAGGGAGGCCAAAGAAGGUGCACGUCCCGCGCGAAGGGGAGACGGAGCAGGAGAUGCUCAUCAGGCUGGCUAGGCAGGGAAGGAGGAAGAUUCCGGCGUUCUCCCCUGCGGACUCGGAAAUUGAUCGCGGCAGGAGCAGGAGCAGGAGCAUCAACAGAGCACGGCGGUCUGUCUCGGCAGGUUCACGGGCGAGCCCUAGGUCAGCCCAGUCAGGGUCCAGCGUCUCGUCCAAGAGCAACAGGGAGAGGCUGCUUAAACGAUGGGGCCUGCGGGACUGGCGGGACGUGCUGGGUGCUGCUGCCCUGGCCGGGUUUUCGCCAGUCGUCAUGGCUCGCGCCGCCCAGCGAUGCGCCACGCUCUUCAGAGAGGAGAUGACGAUGCACACGCUGCAUGAACGGUCUACGUCCGACAAGGUUGGGCUGGAGUCGACGCGUUAUGUGCCCGGCGGUCCUCUCCCUUCCUCCUCGGACGAUGAUGACUCUGAGGAAGAGUUGGCCCAGCUUCGCACUGUGAGCCGCCACUCGAGCGUCAGACUUGGUGCCUCGUCGCCUGAGCCCGAAUCAGAAGCACCAGCUAGCCGGCGUAGCAGGUCAAAGCCACGGCAAAUCCGGCUGUGUCCCCACCGGGCCUGCCCCAGGUCCGUCGAGGGGUUUACGAAGAAGUCGAAUUACGAGAGGCACCUCAAAGCGGUGCACGGCAAUCUCGAACCCAAUCCGACAGAGCCAGACGUGACAGAGGCGGAGACCCCAACCCAACGGCGCAGCCGGUCGGGGACGCCAGGUGCAAGCCAUUUCUGCCACUAUCCGAACUGCCCCCGGGCCGUCGAGGGGUUCGCGAAGCGGGCAAACCUCGCGCGGCAUCUCCAAACGGUGCAUGGCAAGCGGGCGGCCGACUUCACGGAGGACGAGGAGGACAGCGCCGACGAGAUGGAGGGGGGCUUGCAUGUGGACAGAUUUCUGCAACCAAUCAAGAUCAGGAAGGGGUGGCGCGGGGAAGACACGACGCAGCGGCAUGCCAGGUCCCGGAAGAAGGCCAGGGCGGGAUCCGAGGAGCUGGACUCGGCGUUCCUCUGA